AUGAAUAGAGGUCCCAAUGAAUUUCAGAGAUAUGCGCGUGUUUUCCAACAGCAGCUGUCAAAAGUGAAUGGUGGAAGUGGUGCUCGUGGACCCGGAGGUCGUGGUGGUCCAGCUGGGAUGUUUGCUGGGUUAGGUGGGUUAUUAUUACUUGGUGGUGGUGCGUUAUUGUUGAACAGUUCACUGUUUAAUGUGGAUGGUGGUCAUAGAGCAAUUGUCUAUUCCAGAAUAGGCGGUGUCUCUAACAGGAUCUAUAAUGAAGGUACCCAUUUUGUAAUUCCAUGGUUUGAGACCCCAAUAAUAUAUGAUGUUAGAGCUAAACCACGUAAUGUAGCAUCCUUAACUGGUACUAAGGAUUUGCAAAUGGUGAAUAUUACUUGUAGAGUGUUAUCGAGACCUGAUGUGAAACAAUUACCUGUAAUUUAUAGAACAUUAGGGCAGGAUUAUGGUGAACGUGUCUUACCAUCUAUUGUUAAUGAAGUGUUGAAAGCGGUUGUUGCACAAUUUAAUGCAUCACAACUAAUUACUCAAAGAGAAAAAGUAUCAAGAUUGAUUAGGGAAAAUUUAGUUCGUCGUGCUAGUGGAUUUAAUAUUAUGUUAGAUGAUGUAUCUAUCACAUUUAUGACGUUUUCACCAGAAUUUACAAAUGCUGUUGAGGCUAAACAAAUUGCACAACAAGAUGCUCAAAGAGCAGCAUUUGUUGUAGAUAAAGCAAGACAAGAGAAACAAGGGAUGGUUGUGAGAGCACAAGGUGAAGCAAAAUCCGCAGAGUUAAUAGGUGAAGCAAUUAAAAAAUCCAAAGAUUAUGUGGAAUUGAAAAGACUGGAUACCGCUAGAGAAAUUGCAUCAAUAUUAGCUAGUUCACCAAAUAAAGUUGUACUAGAUAAUGAAUCGUUGUUAUUAAAUACAUUAAUCGAUGCUAGACUCGACGGUAAAAAGAAAUAG